AUGAAGUUCACCACUGCUCUCUCUGUCCUCGCCGUUGCCGGCUCUGCUCUGGCCUCUGCCCUUCCCACCACCGACGAUGCCCUCACCCAGGCUCUGACUGCUGAGGUCUAUGACGCCGCCGCUCGCAUCAACGCUGCCAACGCCCAGAAGAAGCGUGAUACCUCCAACUGCAUUGCUCCCCUUUUGUGCUGUGGCACCCUCACCACCCCUCUCGACUCCACGGUCGACCCCAUCCUCCUCGGUCUGGGCAUCGACGCCGCUGAAAUCGUUGGCUCUAUUGGCCUUCUCUGCCACGCCUACGAUGACUCUUGCGACUCUGCUCCCCAGUGCUGCACUGAGGUCAACCUCCUCGGUGGUGUUCUGGCCGUUGGCUGCAGCCCUCUCGAGCACUAA